AUCGCGUAUGCACCCCACCUCCCGCCAUCUCGAAUGUUCAGCAGUUUGAGAAGUUGAGAAGCUAACAACACGGGGCCCCACGCUUCGUGUCAACGGCGACAACAGCAUCCACACGACCCAGCUCCUCGGAGCACCCCUCUACUGGAUCAACCGCGAGCUUUACUAUGCCUACAUGUCGCUCACCAAGCGGUCUUUCGGCUUGCUCAUCACUACCAUGACCCAUUGGUGGGGCCCGACCACGAUACGCAUCAGCGGCGAUGCCUCGGUGGCCGACCAGAUCAGGAAGACGGAGGAUGGCCUGGUCGAAUUCUCGUUCCCCGAGCGCAUGAUAAUGAUUGCCAACCAUCAGAUCUACACCGACUGGCUCUACCUCUGGUGGGUCGGCUAUGCGAACGCGCCCAAGACGCACGGCUCGCUCUUCAUCAUCCUGAAGGAGUCGCUCAAGUACAUUCCGAUUGUGGGCCCCGGCAUGAUGUUCUACGGCUUCAUCUUCCUCUCUCGGAAGAUGGCCGUUGACCAGCCCCGGAUGGCUUACCGUCUACGGAAGCUCAAGACGACGCACACGGCUCCCGAUGGGAAGAAGUAUCUGGACCCGAUGUGGCUGCUUUUAUUCCCCGAAGGAACAAACGCCUCCGAGAACAGCAGGAGUAAGUCGGCCAAGUGGGCGGCCAAGAUCGGCGUCAAGGACCCAGAACAUGUCUUGUUGCCCAGGAGCACCGGCAUCUACUACUGCCUCAGCGAGCUCAAGGGCACGGUAGAUUACGUAUAUGAUUGUACCGUCGCCUACGAAGGGGUUCCUCGUGGCCAGUUCGGCGAGAAAAUCUUCACUCUGGGAGGAACGUACAUCAAGGGCCAGACCCCAAAGUCGGUCAACUUUUACUGGCGCCGCUUCCGCAUCGCCGACAUGCCGCUCGAGAGCCAGGAGAAAUUCGAGGCCUGGCUGCGUGAGCGUUGGUACGAGAAGGACGCCCUCAUGGAGCAGUACAUCUCGACCGGCCGCUUCCCUCCCAACCCCGCCGACGCGGUGAGCAGAGGCCUGGAGCCGUUCCUCGAAACCGAAGUGCGGACUCGGUAUCCCUGGGAGUUCCUCCAGAUCUACAGCGUUCUCGGCGCCUUUGGCUUAAUCGUUAAUUUCCUCCUCAAGGUCUGGGGCCGGUUUCUUUCAGUAUUUUCCUGAAUAACUUCGGCAUUUCCACGUGACAUGAGAUACCCUUCCGCCUGAACACGGAUUC